AUGGCUUGCAACCAUUUUUACCAUAAACAGCAGUUGAUGGCGAAGGCCCUCCGCGAGUGUCAACCCCGCAUGCCCGGCCGGCCGCUCAUCACCAUGACGCUUGACGUGGCGGGGUCGCGUGCCGACGCCCAAAUCCUGCCGCACCUGCAGUACUAUUACAGCCAAAUAAAGGCUUCUAUCAGAUCGGCAGCCCCGUCGUACGUAUCCGACGCGCCAUCAUACCACUCUACCGUCCCGCACCCAGAUGCAGCACCGCUCUACACGCCCAGAAGACAUCCCAACUCUGCGCAGAGCACCAUCGCCGCAGAAGCAGAUUCGUACGAUGGCCAGCGUCGCCAAGAACCCGCUCGACUAGAAACGAUCGGCCUCCCGCCCGUGCCGGCGCGCCCGCCGACCAGGAUACCGCCGCAUUUCAGCUUCCCCAUGUGGUCAGCUGCUGACACCCCGACCACUAGACACUACCGAAAUGUAGCCGAGCGUCGCGUGGUUGAUGGAAGAUACCAAACAGCUGGCUCACCAGAGCGCCAAAGAGCAUCGAGAUUGCUCGAAGAGCAUAAUGCUGCGAACGAUGAGGCCUUUCGACCACUGGAAGAUCCAUACCUGGUGGGCGAGCAAGCUGCCGCCGAAGCCAAGAGAGAAAGACUGGCGAGAGAAGGAACAAAGACAACACUCCAGCAAGAAGAACGACAGUGGGACUGGUUGAUCGCCCAGAUGAGGGGCUGGGAAGAGCGUGAACGCAGUUGGACUAGAAUCCGUGGAGAGGCUGACGCGUUGCAACGAAGACGGCUGUCCCGCCGAGUUGGCCAGCGCAUCUUAUCAAUGCCUUGA